AUGACUAAACAUUACGAUGUAGUUGUUGUCGGCGCAGGAAUUUUUGGUUCAUGCACUGCGUAUCACUGUCAACGUCUCGGAAUGCGUACUUUACUUCUUGAACAAUUCAACCUCGGACACUCAAACGGGAGUUCUCAUGGAAAAAGUAGGAUCACACGUUAUGCGCACACAGAUCCAGAAUAUGUACCACUUGUUGGUGACUCCUAUUCACAAAUCGAACAACUUGAGAAGAUGCGGGGUGAAAAACUUUGGAACAAACUGGGAUUGCUAUGGGCUGCUACGGGAAAUCAAGUUCAAUCAAUAUCUGGUCAUUUGCAGGCACACAAUAUCGAGCAUGAAGUUAUUCGAGGAAAUGAGGAAGAGUUUAAACAUCUUGGAGGAACGAUUCAAGAAAACGAACCUCUCAUUUCUCAUGACGAAAGUUAUGACUCUCCGCUAGAGCUUACAACCAAGAAUAGGAAAUACACAAGCAAUAAAAUCAUUUUCACUGUUGGUUGCUGGAUAACUAAAUUCUUCCCUCAUGUCAACUUCAAAAUCAAACCAAUCAGUCUUGCUGUGUGCUACUGGAAGGCUAAAGAAGAAAACCAACGACAUCUUCUCGAUGAGAAACAUUUUCCAGUAGUAAUUGCAAAAAAUUUAGAGAAGAAGGAAUACUACUUUGCUCUUCCCGACACAGAUUAUCAAGGAGCUAUUAAGCUAGUAUUGGAUGACGGUGAUGAAUUGAAUGAAGACUUGAGCCACCCGAAGAAAAACAACAAAGAUUUUGUUGAUCUUCCUGGAAAGUUUAUCACAGAGCACAUCCCAGUAGUGGAUGGGACAAAACCAUAUAAGGUCGAUCAGUGCAAAUAUACCAACUCCCCGGAUCAUCAUUAUCUCAUCGGUCCGGUAUCAUCCGAAACUUCAAAUAUUCUGGUUGGCGGCUGCGGUUCUGGAUCAGGGUUCAAAACAGCGCCUGGUAUUGGCAGAGCACUUGCUGAGAUGGCUGCGGGAGAGAAAACUACUGUUGAUGUAUCAUUUUUCUCUCCUAAUUAUGAUGUUGUGGUUGUGGGUGCAGGUAUUUUUGGAUCGUGUACUGCAUACAAUUGUCAGAAGCUUGGUUUGAAGACCCUACUCUUAGAACAGUUUGAACUUGGUCACAUAAACGGAAGUUCUCACGGAAAAAGUCGAAUCACUCGUUACGCUCACACUGAAGUUGAAUAUGUUGACCUUGUUGGAGACGCAUAUGAACAAAUUUUCGAAUUGGAGAGAGUUCGUGGGGAAAAGCUGUGGAAAAAAACUGGCCUUCUGUGGGUUUCCACUGGAGACGAGAUCGCGAAAAUUCACAGCAACUUGAAGUCGAAAAACAUCGAACAUGAAGUUUUGAAAGGGACUGAUGUUGAGAAACAUUAUCCACAAUUCAAACUGAAUGACGAGUGGAAUGCACUGAUUGAUCCAAUGGGUGGUGUUAUCUAUGCUGAUAAAUGGCUCAAUGCUUUCAGAGAUGAGUUCAAAAAACUGGGAGGCAUCAUUCAUGACCGUGAAACUGUUUUCUCUCACUCGGAGCAAGGCGAUACUCUUUACGUCAACACAAAUAAGGCUAGAUACACCACCAAGAAAAUUAUUUUUACCGUGGGGUGCUGGAUCACCAAGUUCCUUCCAGAUGUGAAAUUUGACAUUGAGCCGGUCAGUAUCUCAGUCUGCUACUGGAAAGCUAAAAAUGAGGCGGAAUCCCAUCUACUCAAUGAUGAUCACUAUCCAGUUGUCAUUGCCCAAGAAAUGGAAUUGAAAGUAUUCCAUUAUUCGUUGCCAGACAAUGAUUAUCCGGGAGCUAUCAAGUUUUGCUACCACUAUGGAGAUCGUUUGACAAAUGAUUUGGCCCAUCCUGAAAAUCGAUCGCAGAACUGCAUUGAUCUUCCAGCCAAGUUCAUCCGUAAUUACAUGCCAGUGAUUGAUGGAUCAGUUCCAGUGAAAGUUGACAAAUGCAUUUACACGAACUCCCCGGACGAACAUUAUAUCAUUGGACCAAUUCCCACCAAGAAUCCAAACAUUUUGGUUGGAGGCUGUGGGUCAGGAUCCGGAUUCAAAGUUGCUCCUGGAAUCGGAAAAGCUCUGGCUGAAAUGGCUGCUGGAAAAAAGACAACUGUCGAUGUCUCAUUCUUCUCCGCCGAUCGUUUCAAACCAUCCAAAAUCUAA